AUGACGAAUUUAUUCUGCCUUUUGGUAUCGAUGGGUGUAGCAGCAGUACUGUCCCAGCAGGCCAUCGACUAUUACCACGUGCUGCACCUUCCCCACCACCCCCCACUCCACCCUGUAUACGACCACGCACCCCCCACUCGCUUCUCCUGCGCCGGACGACAGAAAGGAUACUACGCUGAUAUAGACAGUGGAUGUCAAGCCUAUCACUUCUGCUGGCGGCAACGUCUGAUCAGCACCGACUUGUGCUCAAAGGGGACGCUCUUCAACGAACAGUUUCAGGUCUGCGAUCACUUCUACAACGUUCGCUGCGGUUCGCCCUAUGAAGAUCUUUAA